AUGCAAGCACGAACAUGCUCCAUAUAUAUAUUCACAUAAACACAUACAAACGUGAAUACACAUUCUCCUCUCAUAAACACAGACCAAAAGCAAAAAUGGGGAACUCUUUGAGAUGCAUAUCACAAGAACAAGAUCCGAACCAAAAGAAACCCUCCAUCGUCAACGGAGGAGGAGGAGGAGAGAGUGGCAACUCGGAGAAACACGUACGGAGGUUGUCUCUGAUACCAUCUUUCCGGCGCCGGACUUUACUACCGUCUCUCUCCUGCUCUGGAUCCUCCACGUCUACAUCGUCAACGUCGAAGAAAGGAGGAAUCAAGACGAAGAAGAAGAUCAGAGAAAGACAUCACCAAGAACAUCACCAUGACCACGAGAAAGACUCUCUCAUCCAAGAGAAAACCUUAGCCGCUACUAAUAUCCUCUUUAGCCAGACGCCACGUAACAGCAACUCUGCUCCUCCUUUCCGACGGUCAACCUCCGUCGUCUAUCCCUCCAGUACUCAGCCACCUCCCGCUUCCGCCGUCGCCGCCGCCGUAGGUUCCGUUUCCGGCGUCUUGACUCCAAAGAAGUCUACAAGUGGAUUCGUCAGAAGCUCCAGCAAUAGGCAGAGAUCAAGCACUGAUCCUGUUCUCAAACCUAAUCAGCUCCUAGACAAGGAGCUGAAGGUGGAAGGUGCGGAGACAAAACGGUUCGUGCUGGUUCAUGGAGGAGGUUUUGGUGCAUGGUGUUGGUACAAGACCAUAACGCUCUUAGAGAAACAUGGCUUCCAAGUCGACGCCGUUGACCUGACCGGUUCUGGUGUCAGCUCCUUCGACACUAACAACAUAACCAGCCUCGCUCAGUACGUCAAACCACUCCUUCACUUCUUCGACACCCUUAAACCCAACGAAAAGGUGAUAUUAGUGGGGCAUGAUUUUGGAGGGGCUUGUAUGUCUUAUGCCAUGGAGAUGUUCCCUUCUAAGAUCUCUAAGGCUGUUUUCAUCUCUGCUGCUAUGUUGGCCAAUGCCCAAAGCACUCUUGAUCUCUUUAACCAACAGCCGGAGUCAAAUUAUGAUCUGAUGGAACAAGUCCAUAUAUUCCUGUACGCCAACGGCAAAAAGAAUCCUCCAACAGCCGUUGAUUUCGACAGAUCUUUGCUUAAGGAUUUUUUCUUUAACCAGAGCCCCCCAAAGGACGUUGCAUUAGCGUCGGUAUCCAUGAGACCAAUCCCAUUCGCGCCGGUGGUCGAAAAGCUUCACGUGUCGGAGAAGAACUACGGUUCGAUAAGGCGGUUCUACAUCAAAACCAUGGAGGAGGAUUACGCUGUACCGGUUUCUCUCCAAGACGCCAUGAUAAAAUCGAACCCUCCAGAACAAGUUUUUCAGCUCAAAGGCUCAGAUCACGCCCCGUUCUUCUCUCGUCCUCAGUCCUUGAACCGAAUACUCGUCGAGAUUUCUCAAAUACCUUCCAAGAAAACCUCCUGA